AUGACCAGUCUGACGCCGGUCGGCCCUACCACGCCCUUCCACGCCGGCCAUGCGCCCCCAGAAGAACAAUUCCGGGCUGGGAUGCCACUAGCCCAACUCUGCCACCGAGCUGACCUCCAGGCGCGAACGAACGGCCCUGCCCUAUCGUCAACAGCGCCGGAAACCGGAGACGGCCGCCGAGCGCCCGAGCGGGGUCACAGCCCAUUGUCGCGCGACAUCACCGGCGUGUGUCGGCUUUUUGCCCUUCUUAGGGGCCGCGGCGUGGGCGGUGCGGAUUUGCGGGACCAGUUCACGAUGGCCGAAGAAGUGCCGACUAUCGCCGUCAUGCCAGGUGGGGGGAGAUUGAGUGUGGGUGGAACCAGGGUGUCGCGAUCUUGGACGACCAGAGCAAUAUCUAACGAGCGAUGUACACUGUAG